AUGGAUGCAUCGUUGCUGGAGCGUGCAGCAGCUGUUGGGAGCGCAGAGGCACAGUAUGCCCUGGGUGCCGCGCUGCUUACAGGUUCCAGUGGAGAGCAGGACUUGUCCCGAGCAGCGAGCCUCUUCCGUGCGGCUGCCUUGCAGGGCCAAGCGGCGGCACAGUGCAACCUCGGCGCUAUGUGUGCCCAGGGCCUUGGCACAGCGCAAGACAGCUCAGAGGCGAAGAGCUGGUAUGAGAAGUCUGCUGCACAGGGAAACCUUGAUGCACAGUUUAAUCUCGCCGUGGUGCUGCUGACAGGACCCUCGACGGACGUUCAACGGGCCCGCUGUUUGGCCGCAGAAGCAGCCGCACAUGGCCACGAAAAGGCGAAGGCCUUGCUUGAGAAGUUGGGAGCAUUCCCAGAAGCUGAGGGCGUUGGCGAGCCGUUGCCAACGAAGCGGUUGACAGCCGCGCUGUUGGAAACGAGGACUUUGCUGCAGGGGACGCUCUGCGCCGAGCCGCGGGCGGAAGCCUUCGUGCGGGAUCUCCUUAGCCACCUGGAGGAGCUGCGAAGGGAGUUGCAGAACCCGAAGGAUGCAGAGGGGACAGUGAGGAGUCGGCUCCGCGCAGAAAUCGUAGAUUGA